UCAACAUCUCGCGGUUGCCUACCAGACUUGCUAGACAUUUCUUAUCAGUGAAUGAGAUUCUUAUCGGAAGAAGUUCACUGAAGCGGAGAAAAGUAGUUUCUCGGUUCCAUUGGAAAGUGCGGUUUCUGAAGAUAAUUGUGCUUGAAAAUGUCGAUCUAUAAAGAUUUACCAGAGGAGCAUCCGCGAAAAUUGAUUCCAGAAUUGUGUAGGCAAUUUUACCAUCUUGGAUGGGUGACUGGCACAGGUGGCGGGAUCAGUAUAAAGUUGGACAAUGAAAUUUACAUAGCACCGUCCGGAGUCCAAAAGGAGCGUAUUCAACCAGAGGACUUGUUCGUCCAGAAUAUCGAAGGCGAUGACCUUCAAUUCCCUCCAGAGUAUAAAAAGCUAACUAAAAGUCAAUGCACACCCUUGUUUUUACUGGCAUAUCGUCACCGAGGCGCUGGCGCUGUGAUCCAUACUCAUUCCCAACAUGCUGUGAUGGCCACUUUAUUAUGGUCAGGGGAUGAGUUUCGCUGCACACAUUUAGAGAUGAUUAAGGGUAUUUUUGAUCAAGAACGAAACGCAUAUCUUCGCUACGACGAGGAACUGGUUGUGCCCAUAAUCGAGAACACUCCUUUUGAAAAAGACUUGACAGAGGACAUGUAUAGCACAAUGAUGAAAUAUCCAGGAACUAGUGCAAUUCUAGUUCGUCGUCAUGGUCUCUACGUUUGGGGAAGCACUUGGCAAAAAGCAAAAACAAUGGCCGAAUGUUACGAUUACUUGUUUUCGGUAGCGGUGGAAAUGAAAAAGUGUGGACUGGACCCAACAGCUAAACCCGUUUAGAAAGUCACUGCUUUGGCUGACUCCUGUCCAAGCGAACUUACCUAAGAGUGAUUAACC